UUAUGCUACAAAGAAUAACUUCGACUGAGAGAAAAGCAAUGAGUUUUCACAAAAUGCUACCACUUUUUCUGCUGUUAACUGCAAUAUUAGCAGCAAUUGCAGCAACAGCCACAGCUGUGGCAACCUUGCCGCCCUCAACUAUGGCGGCAACCUUCUAUACCAAUAGGUCGGUUUGCCCACACAUCUGUGGCAACCUUACCAUUCCAUACCCUUUCGGCACAAGCGAGGGCUGUUACCUAGACGAGUCUUUCCUCAUAAUAUGUGACUACUACAACAAACCAUUCUUGGGAACAAGCAACGUUCCCGUGCUUAGCAUAUCACUCCACGGUGAGCUGCAGGUCUCGAGCCCCGUAGCAUAUGAUUGUGACAACACACCAGGCCGCCGCAGAAAUAGAGACGCUUGGACGAGGCUGUCCAAUUACUCCAUCUCAUAUACUAGAAACAAGUUCAUGGCCGUUGGCUGUGACUUUUACGCAUACGUGAGAGGUUCUCUGGGAGCUAAGUAUUCCACCGGGUGCAUGUCUAUGUGUGACACCAUUGAUGAUGCGGUCAAUGGUUCGUGCUCUGGUAUCGGUUGUUGCCAAACACCCAUUCCACAAGAAGUAGGAGAUUUUCAUUUGAGUGUGAGGAACAUGCACAAUUUAGACCCCAAUAUGAGCAGUAAUAACUUGUCCAAUCCUUGCUCCAAUCCUUGCAGCUUUGCCUUUGUUGUUGAAGAAGGCAUGUAUCACUUCUCCAAAUUCGAUCUUUACAAUUUAAGCAACAUUGAGGAGUUGCCUCUAGUCCUUGAUUGGGCAAUUAGGGACAGGACUUGUGAAGAGGAGGCAUGUGGAAACAAUAGCAAAUGUUAUGAGUCCGAUAAUAUUUCAGGGUAUCGCUGCAAUUGCUCUAAUGGUUAUCAGGGCAAUCCAUACCUUCCAAAUGGUUGCCAAGAUAUCGACGAGUGCUCGAGUCCAGAACUCAAUCCGUGCAUAAAUGCAUGUCAAAACACGGAUGGGGGUUUUACUUGUUCUUGUCCCAGGGGAUAUCACGGGGAUGGCAACAGAAAUGGCGAGGGAUGCGUUGCAAAUAAAAUAUGGCCCACUGUUGGUAUUGUCAUAGCAAUUUUGGUGUUAGCUGUGGCAUGUUGUUGGUUGUAUUGGAGAAUCAAGAAAAAAAAUUUGGUCCGAUCUAAAGAAUUUUUUUUUCAACAAAAUGGUGGUUUGAUAUUACAACAACAGCUUCCAAGUACAGUCAAAAUAUUUACACAAACAGAGCUGAAGAAGGCAACCAAUAACUUCGAUGAAAGUAGGAUCAUAGGUCGAGGAGGAUUUGGUAUAGUUUACAAAGGAAUUUUACCAGAUAACAGAGUUCUUGCUAUCAAAAAGUCCUCCGGAGUUGAUCAAAGCCGAGUUGACCAAUUUGUUAACGAAGUAAUUGUGCUCUCCCAAAUCCAUCACCGAAACGUAGUAAGAUUAUUGGGUUGUUGUUUAGAGAAUGAAUUCCCCUUGCUCGUUUAUGAAUUUAUUACCAACGGAACUCUGUAUCAGCAUCUGCAUGAAGUAGGCAAUGCAUCCUUGAUUCCAUGGGAAAUUCGUCUAAGGAUAGCCAAAGAUGUUGCACGAGCACUUUCUUACUUGCACUCUGCAGCUUCCAUACCGAUUAUUCACAGAGAUGUUAAGUCUACUAACAUACUCUUAGACACCGACUUUUGUGCAAAAGUCUCGGACUUUGGAGUUUCAAAAUUAUUUCCAUUGGAUAAAACACAGUUGACAACAUUGGUUCAGGGAACACUUGGAUACUUAGAUCCUGAAUAUUUCCAUACAAGUCAUUUGUCAGAAAAAAGUGAUGUAUAUAGCUUUGGAGUGGUGCUUGUGGAGUUACUUACGAGCAAAAAGGCAUUUUCUUCAGAAAGACCAGAGAAAGAGAGAAACUUAGCCACAUAUUUUAUCUAUUCAAUGAAAGAAAAUCAGUUGUUCCUUGUUCUAGAUGAUCGAAUGGUGACUGAGGAUAACGCAAAUCAAUUAUGCGAAGUUGCUAGCCUUGCACUGAGUUGCCUAAGAUUGAAGGGGGACGAACGGCCUACGAUGAUGGAAGUUGCAAUGGAGCUUGAGAGAGUAGCAAAUGGACAGGUACGAGUGGACUUGGGCGGGUCAGAAAUGGAAGGUUCAAAAACAGGUCAUAAACCCAUAUUAACCCGCAUUAAGCGAGUUAUGCGUGGGUUUGGUGUCAGACGGGUUGGAUAAACCCAUCAACUGGCAACUGGCGACAUCAAGGCGAAUCAGAUGUAUUGGUUAAAGCAAUAUCCUCCAUUGAACUGCAAUUUUCUUCCUCUCUUCAGGAUCCCUUUUCUUUUUCUUUUUUUUUUUUUUCCAAAUUUGUUGCUGCAAUUUUCAGAACUCAAUGUCCAUAUUUUAUUUUUGUUUUUGCAAUUAUCUAUGAAUAUUGUACAUGCUAGUAUUUGAACCUUGAUUAUUGCACUAUUUCUCCUUUAUUAUUAUUUUUUUUUUAGUCUAGUAACUAACUAUUUCGACCUAAGAUGAGGUAAGAUUAUGAAGUCUUGUAACCUUAGUUGGACCGAGCCAUGCAACUUAGGUGGUGUUUGGUU